AAAUUUACUACCUUUUUGCCGGUUAGAUGGGCAAAAAAACCUAAUCUCUUAGCCUCCUAAAUUAUUUUCCCAGCGUCCUUCAUCUUCUACCUGUUUCUAACCUAUCUUGGCGUCUAGAGAAUCGUCUCCGUAUAGUAGCCGCGAUCUGCCCUAUCGCCUCGCCCUAUCACCUCGCUGAUCUGCUGAGGAUUCUAAGCUUGUCGCUGAUUUCCUGGGAUUUCUACAGAGCAUUCAGGGUCAUCGAUUGACUCUUCUAGAUAGAGCAGCACAUCUCUUGGCCAUAUAAUUCCGCUCUCUCCAUCUGAUACCAUUUUCGAUUGACUUCUCCCAUCCCAGGGAAAUGUUUCGUCCUAAUGAUAAUAUAUCUAAGAGUUCUAUGCCAAGAUCUAAAAGGUCUUAUGUGCCACCUCAAGUGUUGGCAAAGGGAUGCAACAAAAAGGUAUGUGAUUUAUUUUCUUCUAAAAGUGUCAUUGGAUCCAAGUCAUUAAUGGGGAUUAGUAGUGAUCUUUCAAAGGCGACAUGUGGUUCAAAAAGUUAUUCCAAAGGUCUUUCUGCCAAAAAUUAUCCUACCGGAGCUCCCUUCGAUCCAUUACAUAUUCUCCCUCAAAUAAAUUCCAACAUGAAAAAUUGGGAUUUAUCCCCUAAUAAGUCAAUUCAUGAGGAGGGUGAUGACAUUUUUGGCGAUGUUAAUGGCGCUAAAGUGGAACUACAUUCGAAGGUUCUAGUAGAUUCAAAUGAUAAAGGACAUGGUUCUUUUACUUCUGAGCUAAAUAUUGCAUUUGAAAAAGAAAGAGGAAGAAACAUUAUUGAUGAUGUUAAUGAGAAUAAAGUAGGGUUAUAUCAGAAACUUGUAAGUGAAAGAAACAAUAAAGGGGGUGACUUUGGUAAUUCAAAAAAAAAUGUUGUGAUUGAAAAGAAGAGGCGAAGAAGCAUCUUUGGCGAUGUUAGUCAAUUGGAAGUCAAUCUGUCUUCUACCCAAGAUCCAAUUGUGGAAGCCAGUGGCUCUUGGAUUGCAAACAAGAAAGUUCAGACUAAGAGUACAAGAGGGACAAAUAUUCUUAAUGGGGGUGAUAACAUAUUUGAUGAUGUUUGUGGCAAUGAAGUAAAUUUGCAUAAUGAGGAUGCAGGACAUUCAAAUGAUAAAGGUCACUCUUUUACUUAUAAUAAGAAUACCUCAUUUGAAAAAAGGAGAAAAAGAACCAUUGUUGAUGAUGACAGUGAGAAUGAAAUAGAGUUUUAUCAGGGAGUUCAUAGAGAAAGCAAUGGUGGUAGCUCAUUUACUUCUAAGAAGAGCAGUGGGAGAGAAAAAGAGAGAGGCAAAAGCAUUUGGGAUGAUGAUAAUGAAAUGGAGGUAGAUCCGACAUUUACCCAAGAUCCAGUUGGCGGUGACUCUUGUAUUAAAAAAAAGCAAACUCAGAUAGAAAGUACGAGUACGACAGAAAGUAAUGAUGGUGGUGACACUGAAGUGGAGGAAGGACAAACAGUUUUACAAGAUCUAAAUGGUUGAGCACGGAACCCGCUGGGAGCACAGGGAUGGAAAGAGGCGUAGGACGCAUUUGCAUGCUAUGUAUUUGGUGUUUUUUAAUAAAGGACUUUAAUAUGUCAUAUGUGAUUUUAAGAACUUCCGCUGCACUCCUUGAAGUGUUUUAUGAUGUUUAAGUUAUGUCUGUUUUAAUAACAUUCUACUCCAUGUGAGUUUGACAUUUUCUGGUAUUUAGUAAUGAAGUCGUUUUGGAAUUAAUACACUUUAUUUUAAGUGAUAAAAUCUCUUAUUAAAUGUUUUGUGUUUAAAGUAAAAAAAAAAGGCACUAUUUCUUGAACCACGAAAAGUAUUUUUGAUUAAAUCCGUUCUGAUUUUCCGCUAAGUGACGCGCCACUCGGGUCGGCGGGGUCGGGCCGGGUGGGGUGUUACACUGGUAAUAAGUUAUUGUUUGAUAGGUAAAAUUCAAACCUAAAACUUCCUUAGUUGUUUUGUGAAAUUGGUUAUUACAAUAAUGUAAAACUUUGAACCAUGUGUUUUCAUGGUUGAAGGUCAAGGAUCUAUUACGACUAAGAAGAAAUCCGGGAUUGAUAAGAGGAGAGGAAGAAACAAAUGUAAAGAAGUAGCAAAGCUUAAACCUGGUCAAAAACUUGAAAUCAGUUUUUAUAAUAAUCGAGCGGUUGGGAAGAAUCACAACGUAUGGGCGAGACAUUUGGGGAUUAUCGUGCGAGAUACAAAUAUGUGCCCAUUGAGAGUGCACAAAUGGAAUGACAUCGGAGAAAGAGAAAAGGAACACAUGUGGAGUGCAGUCACGGAUGUCUUUAGUAACGAGAACAUGGAAGUUUACAAAGAGCAUACCUUCAAGCAUAUGAAAGAGUUGUGGGGAAAUUGGAGAUCAGAUUUGUUAAGGAAUAAUGUGACCAACAAGAAUAUAACCUUAAAAGCUGCAUACAAUGCUAAUCCACCUACGGGACUUGACAAGGCUGAGUGGAAGUGGCUUAUCAGAGAGGUCUAUUCAAAUCCUGAGUUUCAGAAAAAAAGUAAAAGAAACUCUUCUAAUAGAGGUUGCUAUGCUAAUGAACUGAUGCACCGCACAGGGAGCAAGCCUUUUAGGCAAAUCAUUUGGGAUGAUUUGGGUGCACGUGAGGGAAAUGAUCCUAAUUUACUUGAUGUCUUCUACACCACUCGCAAGAAAGGUGAUAAGCUUCCGAAUGCGGAGACAACACAAAAACAUGAAGAAAUUCGUGAGACAAUGGAAAAUGAUCCUUCACUUUCUAAUGUAGAGGUAGCACAAAAGGUUUUCAAGUCCAAGUCUAAAGAUCGGGUUGUUGGUUAUGGAGGAGGAAUAAAGCGUAGGGAUAUCAUCGGGCCGCAACCUAGUAGAGAAGAACUUCAAGCUGAGCUGAAUGCUACUAAAAAACAAAAUGAAUUUCUAGCCAAUCGUGUGGAGACGAUCCAGAAUGAAAAUGCUACACUUAAGGAUCGUGUGGAGACAAUUCAGGAUGAAAAUACCACACUUAAGGAUCGUGUGGGUUCUGUAGAGUCUCAAAUGCGAAUCUUUCAAGAGACGUUGGUGAAGCAACUUAAUGUUGCGAUUCCUUCGUAAAUUGGAUCACAAGGUGAUAGAGAUGAAAAGGGAAGUUUGCACCACAUCAAUGCCAUCGUGCUACUGCUUAUUUGAUUUAGUGCUCAAUUUUUCAUAUAGUUAUUGAUACAUAUGUAUUCUUACAUUUAGGUAUUGAGAUUUUAUUUUAUUUAUGUGGAUGAUUAUUAUACUGAAUCAACUUAAUUACAAUAGUUGUUAUAUUUAGGAAGUAUUUUAUUGUUAAAUUUAUUCGAAGAUUGGUAUAUAUAUUGUUGUUCAAUGUAUAGUUUAAGUACUU